AUGGCUUCUACCUUGCUCAUUAUCAUCAUUUUCUUCAUCUUCUCUGCAGCAGUCACCGCCGUUGAUUUCAGCUAUCCGGCUGUUUUCAACUUCGGAGACUCCAAUUCUGAUAGUGGCAACCUAGUGGCUGGCAUGGCCGACAACCUUCAGCCGCCCAACGGCCAGACUUACUUCCAGAAGCCCUCGGGAAGGUUCUGCGAUGGCCGCUUGAUCAUCGACUUUCUAAUGGAUGCAAUGGAGUUGCCCUUGUUGAAUCCAUAUUUGGAGUCGAUUGCAGCGCCGAUUUUCAAAAGAGGCUGCAACUUUGCGGCUGCAGGCGCCACCACUCUUCCGGCCACGGCUAACUCGGUUUGCCCGUUUUCGUACAAGAUUCAAAUAGCUCAGUUUUUGAGGUUCAAGGCAAAAGCUAUGGAUAUCCUCACUAAAUCCAGGAAAUAUGACAAAUACCUGCCAGCUCAGGAUUACUUCGCCAAGGCGCUCUACACGUUCGACAUAGGCCAAAAUGAUCUCGCUGGCGCCUUCUACUCCAAGACGCUCGAUCAAGUUCUUGCUUCGAUCCCGGUCAUUUUAUCAGCAUUUCAAGAUGGGAUUCAGAAACUGUACGACGAAGGGGCUAGAAACUUGUGGAUUCACAACACUGGCCCCCUUGGAUGUUUGCCUCAAAACAUGGCCAAAUUCGGAGGUGACCCCUCCAAGCUAGAUGAGCUUGGGUGUGUCGCCUCUCACAAUCAAGCUUCAAAACUCUUCAACUUGCAAUUGCACGCUCUCUGCAAAAAGUUGCAGGGGCAGUAUCAAGAUGCAAACGUCACGUACGUCGACAUUUACACGAUCAAGUCCAACCUCAUUGCAAACUACUCUAGAUAUGGAUUCGAGCAGGCGUUGAUGGCGUGCUGCGGGUAUGGAGGACCGCCAUUGAACUACGACGCAAGGAUUUCCUGCGGUGAGACAAAGGUUUUGAAUGGGAGUUCAGUGACGGCCAAAGGAUGCAAUGACACCACAGAAUACAUAAGCUGGGAUGGAAUCCAUUACACUGACGCUGCAAAUCAAUAUGUUACCUCACAGAUUCUCACUGGAAAAUACUCUGAUCCACCCUUUCCUGACAAAAUGCCUUUCCUCAAAUUCUCAUCAUUCUAAUUUUAUUUCUUAACACCUGUAAUCCUAUUCCUUUCAUAACUGAAAGUUGGGCUAAAAGUAUGACUAAGUUAAUUUA